UCUGCGGCUGUUGGGGAUAGAGGCGUGUGGGCACUGGAGGGAGGCGGCGUCUGACGGAGAGAUAGCCGUCCGGGCCUGGGGAAGGGCCUCGAGCAGCCCUGCUGACCGUGAACAACUCCGUCCCUCCAGGAGGCUGGGGUACAGGUCCUGAGAAGGCCUCGUCCGGGAGGCUCCUGACCCUUGAACCCUGACCUGGCCCCCGGGUGACCACAGCCGGCGCCCCACCGGCGCUUUCUGGUUUUCAGAGCGCUUCACCGACGUGAUACAAGCCCAACAUGUUGACAGAGGCUUUGCUGGUGUCAGCACCUGGAAAAGUCAUCCUCCAUGGGGAGCAUGCCGUGGUCCAUGGCAAGGUGGCAUUGGCUGAAGCCUUGAACUUGAGAACUUUCCUUCGGAUAAAACCUGACAAAGAUGGGAAGGUGAAACUCAGCUUGCCAAACAUAGGGGCCAAGAGAGACUGGGAUGUUUCCAAACUCCAACUGCUGCACGAAGCCUUCCAGGACUCGGGGGAGCCUAAGGCUCCAAUGCCAGAGCAAGUAGAAAAACUGAAGGUGUUUGUCAGCUUCACGACGGGCUGCUCCGACAGCGAGUGCAUGGCUGUGUUGGCCUUUCUUUAUUUGUACUUACUUAUUUGCGGGAAACAGAGGUACUUGCCCGGCAUGGACAUCGUGGUGUGGUCUGAGCUGCCCACCGGGGCGGGCCUCGGCUCCAGCGCUGCCUACUCCGUCUGCUUGGCGGCUGCCCUGCUGGCCUCCUGUGAAGAGAUCACGAGUCCUCUGAAGGAAGGUUCCCCCAGUGCCCGGUGGACUGAGGAGGAGCUGAAUUUGAUUAACAGAUGGGCUUUUCUGGGAGAGAAGGUCAUUCACGGGAACCCUUCUGGUGUGGAUAACUCCAUCAGUACUUGGGGCGGAGCACUUCGAUUCCAGAGAGGGAACAUUUCAUCUUUACAGAGGAUACCCAUCUUAAGGAUUCUCCUGACCAACACCAAAGUGCCCCGGAGCACCAAGGCCCUGGUGGCUCGGGUCAAAGACAGGCUGGUGAAGUUCCCAGAGAUCAUGAACCCAUUACUAGCUUCAAUCGAUGCUAUUUCCCAAGAGUGUGAGCGUGUGCUGGGUGUGAUGGCCGUGGCCCCGGCCCCUGAGCAGUUCAUGGUGUUGGAAGAGCUCAUUGACAUGAACCAGCAUCACCUCAAUGCCAUCGGGGUGGGCCACGCCUCCCUGGACAGGCUGUGCCAGGUGACAGUGGCCCACGGGCUGCACAGUAAGCUGACGGGAGCUGGCGGCGGGGGCUGUGGCUUCACUCUGCUCAGGCCAGGUCUGGAGCAGUCUGUGGUGGAGGCCACCAAACAGGACCUCACUGACUGUGGGUUCGAGUGCUGGGAGACCACCAUUGGGGCUCCCGGAGUCUCCCUUCACUCCAUGUCCUCCUUAAAGGCUGAUGUGCUGCAGGCUUUGAACAGCUCCUAGAAAGAUGCUCUGCACGCCACGGCGUCAGACGGCAGCUCCCUGGGCCCCGGCAGACAAGAGCGGACUUCCUCAGUUUCCUGCCCGCUCCGGCGUGGGCAGAUUCUUGUCCGUCACGGCUGCUACGACAGUACAGCAUCCUCGUCUGUGUAGAUGCGUGUGCACACCAGCCAGUCCCUGUACCCUCCUCCUCGGGCUUCCUGAUGUCCACAGACGCUCCAGAGGUGAAAGCUGCUGCAUUUCCAAACUUCCUUACCUCCCUGGCCCCAAAACCUACCAUAAACCCACUGGUUUUGGUCCUCAGCUCCCUUCUCCAGACUCGACUCGCCCAAACGUGGUUAAGCUGGAGGAAUUAGCCUUGGCUCACAGUCCUCAGCUCAGGCUGUGCUGGGUUCUCUGCUGCUAGUGGAGAUGGAGGUGAGAUUGAGGCUCAUCCUUUGGCCUUUCUUCAGAUGCAGCUCCUCAGUGCCUGCUUCUUCCAGGAAGCCUUCCCUGACCACUUGAGCCCUGGUGUGUUCUCUGCUGCUACAACCCCCACUCCUCAGUCAGCACAUGGCCCGCGCUGCUGGGGGUCACUUGUCAGACAUGUGAGCAUCUUGUCUCCAGCAGCUAAACUGGGAUUGUGCAUGCAGGCACCAACUGUAAACUCCUCUCCCAUUUAAAAAUUCCUUUGAACAACCCAGCCUAGGAUAGCACAGGGGAGGCUGGUCUAUAACCUUUGAAUGAGUGAACCAGUGGAGACUUUGCAUCCUUUGUGGUACUUUAAAUAGCCCCGUAUUGGGCCAAAUGUAGGCCAUGCUCACCCCAGAGAUCCAGUUGGUGUGAAAUGUGAGAACUACCUCAGUGUCCACAGCCUAUGGUCCCAGGGAGCAUUUCUGCCCAGCAGGUUCUGCAGAAUCUGAACACGGGACCCGGAUCCUCAGAUCCAUCUAUGAGGAUGUGGGGAGUUGUUCUAUCCUUAGCUUUUUUUUUUUCUUUGUGAGGCAAUUGGGGUUAAGUGACUUGCCCAGGGUCGCACAGCUAGUAAGUUUCAAGUGUCUGAGGCCGGAUUUGAACUCGGGUCCUCCUGACUCCAGGGCCGGUGCUCUAUCCACUGUGCCACCUAGCUGCCCUAUCCUUAGCUUUUGAAACAAGGAUGGAGGUGGAGGGUGAGGGGGACCCAUGACCUACAACGGAAUCGAUAGGUGGAGGGGAGACUUGAAAACUACUUGGGGAUGGAUGAAAGGAAAUUGACCUUGUAACGAUGUUUUUAAAGAUGGUGAUGUACACUGAGUAAAUGAAUGCCUCUCUAUACAGAGUGCACUGAGCUAUCACCUGGGGUCGGGCACAUAUGGCCUGAGGGAGUUGGUGGCACUCCCUCCCCCUGGAAAUUUUUUGGCUCCCUUUUUCAAAAUGAUGAGCAUUAAGAGAAAAAAAUGAACAAAGCCUUUAUUUGAAUGGAAAGAAAUAUAAAAAACCAAACCCUUUCAUAGUAAAUAUAUUUUAAAUAUGGUGAUUUCGUGU